GUCGUCGUCACUUCUCUCUCUGCCUCUCUACUUCUGUCUGAAUUCUCAACCCCACAAAAAUCCUCAACCGCUCCUCUUCUUUCUCUCUCCAAAACCUUCACAACAAUGGCGGCGACAUCUUCGUGGCAGCCCCAGGAAGAAGGGUUCAUAGAGAUCUGUGGCUUACUCAAAAAACAGAUGUCUCCGACUUCCGAUAAGUCUCAGAUUUUGCAGCAACUCCAUCACUACUCUCAGUACCCCGAGUUCAAUAACUACCUUGCUUUUAUCCUCGCGCGUGCCGAGGGAAAACCAAUGGAGGUUCGGCAGGCUGCUGGAUUGCUUCUGAAGAAUAACCUUAGAGCUGCCUUUAAGUCAAUGGCUUCUCCAUGCCAGCAGCAUAUAAAAUCAGAGUUGUUGCCUUGUUUGGGAGCAGCAGAUAGGCAUAUAAGGUCUACAGCUGGGACCAUUAUAAGUGAACUUGUUCAGAUAGGGGGAGUUUUUGGAUGGCCUGAGCUGCUGCAUACUCUUGUCCAGUGCUUGGAUAGUAACGACUUAAAUCACAUGGAAGGUGCUAUGGAUGCUUUGUCCAAGAUUUGUGAGGAUAUACCUCAAGUGCUUGAUUCAGAGAUGCCUGGAUUAACUGAGCGACCCAUUAAUGUAUUCCUUCCUAGAUUACUUCAGUUUUUUCAGUCUUCACAUGCCUCACUGAGGAAGCUUUCAUUGGGUUCUGUAAAUCAAUUCAUUAUGUUGAUGCCCCAAGUUUUAUAUUUGUCCAUGGAUAAAUAUCUGCAAGGUUUGUUCAUUCUUGCAAAUGACCCUGCUGCAGAUGUGCGGAAAUUGGUCUGUGCAGCAUUCGUUCAGUUAAUUGAAGUUCGUCCAGCUUUCUUGGAGCCACAUCUGAGGAAUGUAAUUGAAUAUAUGUUGCAAGUCAACAAGGACCCUGACGAUGAGGUCUCCCUUGAAGCCUGUGAAUUUUGGUCUGCAUAUUGUGGCACUGAGUUACCACCUGAGAACCUAAGAGAAUUCUUGCCUCACCUAAUUCCAAUUUUGUUGUCGAACAUGGUUUAUGCUGAUGAUGAUGAGUCACUUGUGGUUUCGGAGGAGGAUGGGUCUCUGCCAGAUCGAGAUCAGGAUCUGAGGCCCCGCUUUCAUUCAUCACGUUUUCAUGGAUCUGAGAAUGCAGAAGAUGAAGACGAUGACGUAGUCAAUAUUUGGAAUUUACGGAAGUGCAGUGCAGCUGCUCUAGAUAUUCUCUCAAAUAUGUUUGGUGAUGAGAUUUUACCAACAUUAAUGCCUAUAGUUCAGUCUAGGUUAUCCACUACUGAUGAUGUUGCCUGGAAAGAAAGGGAAGCCGCAGUUUUAGCUCUUGGUGCCAUAGCAGAGGGUUGCAUCAAUGGCCUUUAUCCCCAUUUAUCAGAGAUUGUUGCAUUUCUUACCCCACGCUUAGAUGAUAAGUUUCCUUUGAUACGAAGUAUCUCAUGUUGGACAGUUUCACGUUUCAGCAAGUUCAUUAUUCAGAGUAUUAAUCAUCAAGAAGGCCGUGAGCAAUUUGAUGAAGUUCUGAUGGGGAUUCUAAGAAGGAUAUUGGAUGAUAACAAGCGGGUGCAAGAGGCUGCUUGUUCAGCUUUUGCAACUCUUGAAGAGGAGGCUGCCGAAGAGUUGGCACCGCGCUUGGAAAUUAUUCUGCAACAUCUAAUGUGUGCUUUUGGAAAAUAUCAGAGGCGGAACCUCCAAAUUGUAUAUGAUGCCAUUGGAACUCUAGCAGAUGCUGUUGGAGGGGAAUUAAAUCAGCCCAAGUAUAUUGAUGUUAUGAUGCCGCCAUUAAUUGCAAAGUGGCAACAACUUUCAAAUUCAGACAAAGACCUUUUUCCCCUACUGGAGUGCUUUACAUCAAUAGCACAGGCAUUGGGUACUGGAUUUUCGCAGUUUGCUCAACCUGUAUUUCAGAGGUGCAUAGACAUCAUCCACUCCCAAUAUUUGGCAAAGAUCAAUCCUGUUUCAUCUGGCGUUCAGUAUGAUAGAGAGUUCAUCGUGUGUUCUUUGGACUUGCUCUCUGGACUUACAGAAGGUCUCGGUAGUGGGAUAGAGAGUUUGGUUACACAAAGUAGUUUGAGGGACCUGCUUCUUCAAUGUUGCAUUGAUGAUGCUCCUGAUGUCCGACAAAGUGCAUUUGCAUUGCUUGGUGACCUUGCAAGAGUCUGUCCUAUUUAUUUGCAACCUCGUUUGUCUGAAUUUCUCGAUGUUGCCACUAAGCAACUGAACACCCCUAAGCUGAAGGAAACUAUUGCUGUGGCAAACAAUGCUUGUUGGGCAAUUGGAGAACUAGCAGUUAAGGUUCGGGAAGAAAUUUCUCCAAUAGUGAUGACUCUUAUUUCAUGUUUGGUUCCAAUUCUUCAACAUGCCGAGGAGUUCAAUAAGUCACUUAUGGAGAAUAGUGCUAUCACCCUUGGACGACUUGCUUGGGUUUGUCCGGAGCUUGUGUCACCACAUAUGGAGCAUUUCAUGCAAGCAUGGUGUAUUGCUUUAUCCAUGUAUGUUCUUGUUUUAUUUUUCACCACUCCUCGGAUACGAGAUGAUAUUGAGAAAGAGGAAGCCUUCCGAGGUCUAUGUGCAAUGGUUAGAACAAACCCAUCUGGGGCUUUGAGUUCACUUGUUUUCAUGUGUAAAGCUAUUGCAAGUUGGCAUGAAAUAAGAAGUGAAGAUCUACACAACGAAGUUUGCCAAGUGUUGCAUGGUUAUAAACAGAUGCUUAGGGAUGGAGUGUGGGAGCAAUGCAUGUUUACUUUGGAGCCCCCGGUGAAAGACAAGUUGUCGAAGUAUCAAGUAUGAAUAUUUUCCUUGUAAGAGAGUUGUGUCUCUCCGCCAUGCUGCUUGCUUCAAAGCUCUGUACCUGCUUCUGUAUUGUUAUCGUUUUGUGCAUUGUCUGAUUAAUUGUCAAGCUGUGUUUCAUUUGAGCAAAGAUUCCAAAGGGCUGGUGACGUUUUCGAAGUACAGGCCGGAUUAUUUCCCUAGUUUCCAUUGAAGCUUGAAGCUAUUUUUUGUAAUCUUCAAAGCUGCCCAUGGAUGACUUAUAAUAUGGUGUACAGGGGUGUGGUUUUCCAAAGUUUUUUCAGCGAGUUUUUCCCUUCUCCGGGUCUUGAAUUUAAAGAAAAGGUGUCAUAUAUAUUUCAUUCAAACUUUAGAUUCAUAUUGUUCCUGCUUGAUCAGAGUUUCUUGUGUAUACGAUACUGUUAAAAUAGAUUCCAGUGCGAGUUCCACAGAUUUUGUUAUGAGGGAUAAAAUAAAUAUUGAUUGUUAGAAUUUUUUUUUUUUUUUUUUUUUUCCUUUCCCACAUCUAGCUGAAUCAUUGUUGCGUGGGGUAUUGGGCCGGUGGAGACAAUAAGUAUGCUGUAACUUUGAGUUUCAUGAUUUGAUAAAAAUUGUAAUGAGCAAACUUCUUCAGUUAGUAGAAACUACAAGGUGUCUUUUCAUUGUAUUAUUUUCCAUUUUAACUCUCC